GAUAGAUAGAUAUAGAUAUAGAUAUGAAUAGAUACAUAUAGAUACUAACAUGCAUAUCCGCUGCCGACGACGCUUUGAGUCACAUCGUUUUUCCCCGACGCUGCCAGCAUGCCGCCGCUCCUCGUCCGACACUCGGUACUUAUCUUCAUUAUCCCCGCCAUGCUCCUCACCCUCCUCGGGCUCCCACCAACUGCUACGCUCGCCACCAGGUUCUACUCGUUCGACCUGAUGCGCGAGUACCCUCACGAUCCGGAGGCCUUCACAGAGGGCCUCUUGUAUGGAGGAAAUGACACUCUUUUCGAGUCCACUGGCCUUUUUGGCAGGUCAUCCGUGCGAAAGGUUGAUCUUCAAACAGGAAAGGUACGAUAAAUACUUCUCUUAUCAUAUUUAUCUUAGCAUAGUCUAAUUUUUUU